GGAAGAGACGCAGGGAGGCUGCGGUGACCCAAGCGGCUGCUUCUGCCUCAGGGACCCCUUCCCAGAGAGACGGCACCAUGACCCAGGGAAAGCUCUCCGUGGCUAACAAGGCCCCCGGGACCGAGGGGCAGCAGCAGGCGAAUGGCGAGAAGAAGGAGGCUCCAGCAGUGCCCUCUGCCCCACCUUCCUAUGAGGAGGCCACCUCUGGAGAGGGGCUGAAGGCAGGCGCCUUCCCCCCGGCCCCCACGGCUGUGCCUCUCCACCCCAGCUGGGCCUAUGUGGACCCCAGUAGCACCAACUAUGAAAGCGGUUUCCCCACUGGAGGCCUCGAGCGCUUCACCACCUUCAGUUGGGAUGACCAGAAAGUUCGUCGAGUCUUCAUCAGAAAGGUCUAUACCAUCCUGCUGAUCCAGUUGCUGGUGACCUUGGGUGUUGUGGCUCUCUUUACCUUCUGUGACCCCGUCAAGAACUAUGUCCAGGCCAACCCAGGCUGGUACUGGGCAUCCUACGCUGUGUUCUUUGUGACGUAUCUGACCCUGGCCUGCUGCUCUGGACCCAGGAGGCAUUUCCCCUGGAACCUGAUUCUCCUGAUGGUCUUUACGCUAUCCAUGGCCUACCUCACUGGGAUGUUGUCCAGUUACUACAACACCAUGUCCGUGCUGCUGUGCCUGGGUAUCACGGCCCUCGUCUGCCUCUCAGUCACCAUGUUCAGCUUCCAGACCAAGUUUGACUUCACCUCCUGCCAGGGUGUGCUCUUCGUGCUGCUCAUGACUCUUUUCUUCAGUGGGCUCAUUCUCGCCAUCCUCCUGCCCUUCCAAUACGUGCCCUGGCUCCAUGCAGUGUACGCAGUGCUGGGAGCAGGCACGUUUACGUUGUUCCUGGCAUUUGACACCCAGUUGCUGAUGGGCAACCGCCGCCACUCGCUGAGCCCCGAGGAGCAUAUUUUUGGAGCCCUCAACAUUUACUUAGACAUCAUCUAUAUCUUCACCUUCUUCCUGCAAAUUUUUGGCACCAACCGGGAUUGAGGAGCCCUCCCUGCCCCCACUUUCCUCCAGAGAAUGCUCCCCUUCCUGGUCCUCUGACCCUCCUUGUGCUCCUGCAAACCCAGAUACAAAACUAGCUGCCA